CCGACCAUUACACACAGGAAACCAAGAGUUGAAAUAUUAAUCAUGAAUUGGGCAAAUGAGAGCAUCCUACAGGAUUUCAUUCUGCUUGGUUUCUCAGAUCGACCCUGGCUGGAGUUUCCACUCUUUGUGGCUUUUUUAAUUUCUUACAUCGUGACCAUCUUUGGCAAUCUGAUCAUUAUUUUGGUGUCAUGCCUGGACUCCAAACUCCAUACCCCCAUGUAUUUUUUUCUUACCAAUCUGUCACUCUUAGAUCUUUGCUACAUCACAUGUACAGUUCCACAAAUGCUGGUAAAUUUAUGCAGCAUCAAGAAAGUAAUUAGCUACAGUGGCUGUGUAGCCCAGCUUUUCAUGUUUCUUGCCUUGGGGGCUACUGAAUGCGUUCUGCUGGCCAUCAUGUCCUUUGAUAGGUUUGUAGCUAUUUGUCGUCCUCUCCAUUACUCAGUUAUCAUGCACCAAAGGCUCUGCCUCCAGUUGGCAGCUGCAUGCUGGAUUACUGGUUUUGGUAAUUCAGUGUGGUUGUCUACCUUGACUCUCCAGCUGCCGCUCUGUGGCCCUUACAUAGUAGAUCACUUUCUCUGUGAAAUCCCUGCGCUGCUCAAGUUGUCCUGUGUUGAUACAACAGCAAAUGAGGCUGAACUAUUCUCUGUUAGUGUGCUCUUCCACCUCAUACCCCUGACAUUCAUCCUUAUAUCAUAUGCUUUUAUUGCCCAAGCAAUCUUGAGAAUCCGAUCUACUGAAGGUCGACAAAAAGCACUUGGGACAUGUGGGUCCCAUCUAAUUGUGGUGUCACUUUUUUAUGGUACGGCUAUCUCCAUGUACCUGCAACCACCUUCACCCAACUCUAAGGACCGGGGAAAGAUGGUUUCUCUCUUCUAUGGAAUCAUUGCACCCAUGCUGAACCCCCUUAUAUAUACACUUAGGAACAAAGAGGUAAAAGAAGCCUUUAAGAGGUUGGUUGCAAGAGUUUUCUUAAACAAGAAAUAAGAAAUGUACAAACAACAAGCUCCCUUAAAGAUAUAAUGUUUACUUAGUUUACUAACAUCUCCUCCAGUUGCCCUAUUCUU